UGCUACCGCUAUGCAGUAUCUAGUUUAUCCACCUGAGAGCUGCAUGUUUGGUUUAAUGAGAUGAGAGAAAACAAGUCCAUCUUACAUAGCGUAAAUAUUCCUUUUCCUUUUCCUCCAGCGGUCAUUCUAUCAUCGUUUAACGGGGGACAACAAAUCUGAAAAGUUCUUCAAGGUGUUUUAUGAGCGCAUGAAGCUGGCCCAGCAGGAGAUCAAAGCUACCGUGACAGUCAACACCAGUGACCUGGGCAACAAGAAGAAGGAUGAAGAGCCACCAGACAAAGACUUGCCAAUGCGUAAAAAAGUGAAAGAUGUGCCAGUUGUUGCGAUGGUGACUGAGGAAGUGAAGGAGCAGCUGAUCGAGGCCUCCGCCGUCACCAAGAAGGCCUACACGACGUACCGGCGUGAGGCCGAAGCCGAAGAGCACCAAGCUGCCGCCGACGGUGCCCCCGUCCCGACUCCCGACAAGAGCCAAGACGAAGAAGAAAUGAGCGUCAUUAUUACCAUCAUGCAGCCCAUUUUACGACUCAUGCAGCUGCUGUGUGAGAACCACAACAGGGAUCUGCAGGUCAGCCGUUGGAUGAGCCUGUUGUGAACGUGGGCUCGUUGUUGUUGUGACCAUCGGCCACGGUUAUGCAAACACUUCUGGCACAAGUUUUAAAUUUAAACUUAUCACGCUCAGUUAUACAGAAACGAAACCACGUUGAAAAUAGGCACCAGCUGCAGAACUUCCUGGUGCAAUUGUUUCCAUAUCUUUUAUGUCUUGUUCUGGUUUCAUUCUGAAGCUAUGAAGCUCCUGUCGCCCAGACAGAACACUUCCUUUAUGCAAGAAUUCUGUUUACUCUUAAAACGGGGGAUGUUUUUAACGUCUGAGAGGUGACUUUCAUCCACAACUAUCAAAAUGAGCAUUAAGCUACUAUUUUAUUAAUUAUUUUUAACCAAAAUCAAGUGUUUUAUAUGCACAUGUAAUGAGCAAAAUAAAGAUUUUUUUU